UCAAUUGUUUUUGGCUUGCAGGUUACCCACAAUUGUGCGUCAGUGACAGUGAGCGACAAGUGGGCGACAAGCGGGCGGCAGUUUGGAGCUGGAAUCCACGCAGCAAAUCGAUCCCUUUCGGUUUUCUGAAUCGGCGUGGUGGUGGAUGAUGUGAUGCAGGGCACUCAAGAGACUCAAGGCAAGGGAAUCAAACAGGGAAACAAACAUCCGGCAAACACCUUUCCCAGGCUGGCAGUGGGUUGGGUUGCACGGCCGCUGGUGCGCACAGAGCCGUUCUGGGCCUCGGCGCUAGGCUGGAAGCAGCAAAACCACCGCCCGAGAUUCGAGACGAACAGAGCCGGGCCGCCUUCUGGCAGUCAAUCUGGCCCUAUCGCCCAACUCCACUCUUCUACGCCGCCGCCGCGACCGCGCACCGCAAACGUCCAGACCAAGACUCCCGCUCGAUGCCUGUCCCCGCCGACCCAUGCUUCCUCCACCUCGCCAUCUCCCUCCUCCCCGGACGCCCUCGCCGCCCGCAAUCGCCGAGCCGCCCGCCGGCACCAAUCGGCACCUGCGCCCGGGCACUGCCAAUAGCUCCCGCCUGAGCCCCGACUCCUGCCUGCGCGUGCCCUCGCCGUCCGCCUCCUUUCUACAGCUGCCCGCCAUGGGCUCCCCGGACGGCGGCGACGGCGCCGGGCCAAGCGGCGGCGACAACCCCUUCAACUUCCAGACCCAGAUAAUAUCCACCUCGCCCGUCCGGUCGAACGUCGGCCAGCGCCGCGGCCACCGUUACAAGCACAGCAGCAUAUCUGCCCAGCACCAGGUCUUCCAGGAGCCACCGCAGCGCCCCCCGCCCGUGCUCCCCGCGUCGCUGCCCGUGCCGACGCUGCGCGAGGCCUGGGCCAGCAUGUACCGCGAGCAGCGCCUGCGCCUCUACUGGUGCCUCUGCCAUGCCGCCGUCGCCGUCUACGUCUUCCUGUCCGCCUCGGGCAGCCUGGCCAUGACGGCCCUGUCCCACCUCGUCUUCUUCGACGUCGGCUCCGCCGCCAUCUGCGUCUGCGUCGACGUCCUCGGCAACUUCGAGGUCUGGCGCCGCAGCUCCGUCCGCCACCCCUUUGGCCUGCAGCGCGCUGAGGUCCUCGCCGGCUUCGCCAUGUCCAUCUUCCUCAUCUUUGGCGGCUUCGACCUGCUGAGCCACAACAUCAAGCACAUGCUUGAGGGCGUCGGCGAGCACGAGAACCACCUCCCCGUCAUCCCCGCCGGCCCCGCCGACCACGCCGCGCACGCCGGCCACGGCCACGGCCACGCGCACUCGCACGCCGACCGUGUGAACCCCGGCACCGUGGACACGGCCAGCCUGGCCGCCAUCGUGGCCACCCUGGUUAGCGCCUACGGGCUCAAGAACCACGGCCGCAUCGGCCGCGCCAUGCUCGUCCAGUACCCCUCGUAUCUCUCGUCCUUGCUCCCGGCCGUGCUCUCGAACCCGUUCCACUUCCUCACCCUCUUCUUCUCGUUCCUGAUGCUCCUCCUCCCCCUCCUGUCCGUUGGCACCUUCGUCUGGCUCGACCGCCUCAUCUGCGCCGCCAUCGCCGUCAGCAUGUUCGUCCUCGGCGCCCGCCUGGCCGUCGCCCAGGGUCUGAUGCUGCUCAUGUCGUACCGCGGCCGCGGCCACGUCGUCAGGCCGCCGACUGCCGCUGCUGCCAAGGCGGCGGCUGCUGCUGCUGCUGCGGCCGCGAGGCUGGGGGGAUCUCCUCUCAAGUCGUCGUCAUCGUACCCGGCGGCGGGGGGCGCCCAGGGCUCCGGCUCCGGCUCCGGCUCUGGCGCUGCAGACGAGGGCGUCUCGGCCGUGGUGCGAGAGAUCGAGGCCGAGCCCAACGUGCUGCGCGUCGACGAGGCGCAGUUCUGGCAGGUCCACUACGGCCUCUGCAUGGCCAACCUCAAGGUCUGCGUCGUCGUCGGCUGCGACGACGGCGCCCUCAGCCAGCUGCGCAGCCGCGUCUCGCGCGUCAUCCAGAACCGCCUGGGCGAGGGCUACGGCCGCGGGAACGGCCUGAGGUGGGAGGUCACCCUGCAGACCAGCACAGACGCCCGCCCAUGAGACGGCGUCGCGUCUGUGGUUUGCGCCGUGUGGGCUUGCGCAUUCGAGUAUUGUGUUUAAUGGAGCACCCGGGCCUUGCCUUGUGUAACUUGCUUUAGACUUUCUCUUCUGUCGCUUUUAGUUCCCCCACCAACCUACCUACCUACCCGCCCAACGAUGGAUGGAAUACAUGGAACCGAGUAGGGUAUUCUAGCACUCUGUACAUAAAACCAGCUCUACACUUCCCUCAAUGCGCCCCCCCGCCCGGAAAGGUUCAAGAAUCACACCACCACCAUCCUCAACGUGGAGAUGACGUGAAAAAAAGGCUAGGUUCGACACCCUAAUGAGAAAAUGCCACCAUUGUCGAGUAAACAAGUCAUCCAAGAGCUGUAUAAAUCAUCAAAAAAGAAAAGCAUAAAACAAGACCC